CCGCGCGUCUCUCACGGUCUACGGCGGACCGAGUCGUCACCCUCGCUAAAGGGCGGCACACGCACGCUGGAGCGUGCGUUGGUGUAUAACGGGAUUUCCAGUGGCCGCGACGGCGCCGGUCACAACGCGGAAAGAGCUCGCCAUGCAAGCACUCGGCGUCUAUGCCGCCACUGUCGCGAAGCCGCCUAUCGUGAGUCCCUAACUUCAACAACAGCUAGAACUUCUCAAGAGUUGCCGGGACAAGUACCCGCCAGCAACGUCAUGCUUCUACACUGUUUCUGUUUCACGAGCGUUCAACAGAGACGGUAGCUCCUCCCUAGCUAAAGAGAUUUCAACGUUCCCGCCCGAGAAGCUGUAGUCCACCGAAGGAACGCCCGUCGAUCAAUCGUGUGACAGCUGCACCGCCAGUUGAUUUCAGCGAGGCUUGAAUCCUUAUUGAAUGUUGAGCGUGUCCGGUGCGCCGCUGUGCAAGGCGUGAUCUCCGUUGCCGCGUGUCGUUGAACCAUGAACGACUUUCCCUGACAAUGCCUGCCGAGUGCGUCGAAUCGUCGUCGACGUGCCCGCCCCCUGCCCUGGAACCUCUCUACUUGGGAGAACGGAGUCUUCCAGUUAGACUUUUGAUGUGAGCUAAGUCUGGACGUGUCAUUGACCGCGAAACACAGUUUGUCAGGCGGGAGUGUCGUUGUGUUUGUCUGCUUCGUGAUUCGAAAGAUUCUUGCCGCCAAUAAACACACGGGAAGUAUUUGAGACUGUGGCAACAGGCGGUUUCGGAACUGUGAAGUUCGUUGUCGAUGCUCGGGCCUCCCAUAUCAUGCUCUGUGUAAGAAAUCGAUGAGUGCUUGAGCGGAGUCGGCAACCAAGUAAUCUUCAAGCUGCGAGUGAGUGACGUUUCACUCGACCACCUGUCCGCGCUACAAGUGUCUGUAACCGACCGUCGGAAGCGCCAGUAUUGAAACACGAGCAACUUCACCGGUUGUUCCGCUACGUGGUGGACCGCCGCUUCCAGCUGAGUGCGACCUCCCCAAUCCGGUUUUCUGAUGGUACACGUGUGUGCAAAGCCGCCGUGUUGCUUUUCAUUCAACGAGUGUGCGACGUAAAAAGCAAAGGAAAAGCCGAGGAUGCAAACCGGACUUUCCCGCCAACGCUGUGAAAGUGGGUCGCGCCGUGAGCGCCAACGAGCCGAGAGUUCGCGACAACGCAGCGAGGUGGAGCCACUGCCGUUGAGUCUCGAUGCUGCGUCUGGCAUCGUCUGCUUCGUGUAAACAACGAUCCACAUGCCGCGAGCGUUGCCGCAGGCGGAGACCGCCUCGCCGAAGUCGGCUCUCGAGCGCCGCGAGCGGACGUCGCUGCCCGUCGUGCUGGGGCUGUUCGCCGCUUCGACGUUCACGGACGUCAGCAAGAUGGUCUGCAGCUACUCGCUUCGCUACCACAACGACGGUGCGUACCCGAUGAACCAGUCGCUCGUGGUGGCGCUGACCGAGGUGCUCAAGUGCGUGCUAGUGGCCGUCGUGCACGUGGUCACGAGCGGCUCUCUGCGCAUGCGCCCAUCACUCAAGUUCCUGCUGCCCUCGCUCAUCUACAUGCUCACGAACAACAUAUUCUUCUUCGCGCUGCACUACGUCACGCCCGCAGUGUGGCUCGUGUUUGUCCAGUGCCGGAUCUUCCUCACGCUGCUCGUCUACAAGUACCCGUUCGGGAGACACGUGACCCGAGCGCAGUGGACUGCUGGCGCCCUCAUCGUGAUGGCCGUGGUGGGCAGCCAGGCGGACGCCCUGGUCAGCCAUGCGCGCUCCUCGUCAGUGGCCACGGCCCUGGCCCUGGCACUGCUCUGCGGGUCGCUAUCAACUGUGGCGGCUGUCUAUACAGAGUACUACUUUAAGAACGACAGUCGCACAAUCUGGGAGCAGCAGUUCCAGAUCUACUUCGGCACCGCCCUCAUCUCCGGCGCGGCUGCCUUGUUCUCCGCGGAGCAACUCGUCUGCACAGACGAGCUGACUGGCCACGUGCGGAAUUUCCUGGUCGCCACCGUGGUGUUCAGCGCCGCCUACGGUCUCUGCGUGGCGCUUGUUGUGACGCGGCUCGACAACGUGGUCAAGUACCACCUGUCGGCCACAUCCAGCCUGCUCAACGCGAUCGCCUCGGCCGCCCUGUUCCCGGACCAGUUCCGCGUCACGCCGGUUUACCUCGUCUCGUUCGGCGUGCUGAUGCUGGCCAUCUACCUUUACGAGAAGAAGAGCUUCACGCUGCCCGACUGCUUGGACCGCUGCCAUCAUGACAGCUUCCAGCGUCUCGGCCUGACGACAGUGUCGGUUACAGGCGAUGAGCCCGAUGACGGCAAGGACGCUGACGAGAAGGUGCCACUCGUAGAAUCGGAUCGAGCCUGACAGUGACUUUAUGCGGACAACCUAAGUCCUUUAUGGUGUUCUGUGACAUUAACGAUUCAUCCUGUUGUUAAUUCUGUUGUUCACUGGUCUUGUGCUGCUGGAUAACCAUUCACUGGCCUCUUUUAGUUGCAGAUUCAUCUUACUGAUAACCGAGUGGUACGGUGCCAGUAAGUGAUUGCGGAAGGGAGAAAUAGUGAUUACGCAUAUAUAAGAAACUCCGGCAACGAUAGACCUGGCGAAGAUGCUGACGCGAAUACGCUACUAAACGGAUAGGACCACGUCUCACGGCCUGCCUGUCACCAAACCGUUUUGCUGGUCAAGCCACCUGCGAUCGCCUGCGAAGUUUUGGCUUCUCCGCAACGCAGUGGGGCCCGUUUUGACCACGUGGUGGUGCUCGGCGAAUACCGGCACUCUCAAUACCCUCUUAGAAUGUGUAGUUAUAAAGCGAAGUACACCUAUGAAGAAGAAGCAUGUGCUUGCUGCGCUAAAGCUAGGGAAACGAUGGAACAUGUUUUAUUAGAAUGCGAAGAUAUCUACCCAGCUGUCGGUUUA